CAUGGCAAAAGCAACAAUGGAAUUUGUUGUUGAAAUGAAGUGUGAAAGUUGCGAAACAUCUAUUCGAAAUGCUCUCUCUAAGUUAGAUAAUAUAGACAUAUUAAGUGUCGAUUUAAAAUAUCAACGAUUAGUUGUAAGCUCAUCACUACCUUCAACAAAAGUGUUGCAAACAAUCGAAAGUACAGGCAAAAGAGCAGUUUUACAGGGUCUUGGUGACAAAAAAAUAAACUCUGCUGCUGUCUGUAUGAUGUCAAAUGCUAAUAGUAAAGGUGUUACUCGAUUGGUUCAGAUGGAAAACGAAAGCUGUAUUAUUGAAGGAACAAUUGAUGGUUUAAGACCAAAAACAAUGCAUAAACUAUUUGUUCACGAACUUGGAGAUUUAUCCGAAGGGUGUCAAAGUUGUGGAGAUAUAUUUCAAAAAAAUCAAAAAAGCUUUUACCCAGUUGUUGAAGCUGAGUCUUCGAAUAAUGGUCGACUUGAAUUUCGAGUGGAAAAAGAUAAAUUCCCUAUAUAUAGCCUCAUUGGUCGUUCACUAGUCUUACACGAUUCUGCGAAAAAUCGUCAGGUUUGCGGAAUUAUUGCACGUUCGUCAGGUUUAUUUGAAAAUACUAAAAGAAUUUGUGCUUGCGAUGGUGUGACAGUUUGGGACGAGAGGGAUGUCCCUUUGGCUGGGCCAGAAAGGAGUCAAUGUCCGAAUGGUAAUUGUAAGAAAUAA